CCACAAACGGCCAUCUGUCAUAAUCAUUCAAUACAAACUGAGAAGUCUUUGUGUCUUUGCAGACUUUUAGAAACACUGAUAAGCCAGCCAAAAAUUUAGUUCGUUCUGAGUUUCAAUUUUCUGGGUUAAACUUACAGAUCGAGAGAGAGAGAUGAGAGAGGGAAAGAUGUUGGCUAUGGUGUUAGUUGUUUUGGGUCUGUCUCUGUCAUCAUCAGCUUCGGAUUCUCAGCAGCAAAAAUGGUGGAAAUGGAUGUUUUCAGGAGGUACAUCAUCGGAGGUCAAUCCAGUUGGCUCCUCUGUCGUAUUCCCACUCUCUGGCAAUGUCUAUCCUAAUGGGUUUUAUUAUGUUCAACUCAACAUAGGACAACCACCAAAGCCCUAUUUCCUUGAUCCUGAUACUGGCAGUGAUCUCACAUGGCUUCAAUGCGAUGCUCCUUGCGUGCACUGCACACCGGCACCUCACCCCCUUUACAAACCCAACAAAGACCUGGUGAUCUGUAAAGAUCCCCUUUGUGCUUCCUUACACCCCGGUGAUCACAAAUGCGACAACCCAGAGCAAUGUGACUAUGAGGUAGAGUAUGCUGAUGGUGGUUCAUCCAUUGGUGUCCUUGUCAAAGAUGUGCUUCUCCUCAAUCUCACUAGUGGAAUACGGCUUAGUCCUCGUCUAUCUCUCGGGUGUGGAUAUGAUCAGACCCCUAGUGCAUCAUAUCAUCCCAUAGAUGGAGUGCUUGGCCUUGGCAAGGGGAAAUCCAGCAUUAUAUCGCAGCUUCGUGAUCAAAGGCUGGUCCGACAUGUUGUUGGCCACUGUUUAAGUGGGCGAGGAGGAGGUUUUCUGUUCUUUGGGGAUGAUGUUUAUGAUUCUUCACAUGUGAUUUGGACACCAAUGUCACGUGAUCACUCCAAGCGCUAUUCACCAGGGUCCGCGGAACUCAUCUUUGGUGGAAAAAGUACAGGGUUUAAGAACCUUUGUGUAGUUUUUGACAGUGGGAGUACCUAUACUUACCUCAAUUCUGAGAGUUAUCAAGCUUUACUUUCUUGGAUGAAUAAAGAAUUGAGUGGGAAGCCGUUAACAGAAGCAUUGGAUGACGAUACCCUCCCAUUCUGCUUGAAAGGCAAAAAACCCUUUAAAAGAAUACGCGAUGUGAAGAAAUACUUUAAGCCUAUAGCAUUGAGCUUCCCAAAUGGUUGGAGAGCUAAAUCACAAUUCGACAUCCCUCCCGAGUCAUAUCUUAUCAUCUCGUCAAAGGGCAAUGUGUGCUUGGGAAUUCUAAAUGGUACUCAAGUAGGAUUGCCGAAUUUCAACGUCGUUGGAGAUAUCUCAAUGCAAGAUAAGAUUGUGAUUUAUGACAAUGAAAAGCAAGUAAUAGGAUGGACCCCUGCAAAUUGUGAUCGACCACCAAAGUCCGAUACCAUCAUCAUGUGAUAGGGAACUGCUCCUAAGCCAAGAAGAAAGGGAACUAACUAUACUUUCUUUGCAUUUAAUGUGUAUAUAGUUUCUUUUUUUUCCAUCGUUUGUAUAUGUUAAGUUUAGAGAGUUAACACAAUAUUAAAGAAAGACGGGGAGUAGCCAAAACUUACCCUCUCUCUUAAGUUACCUUGUAAACAUACAAAGUACGAGUAUACUUUUUAUGUGGGAUACUUAUUACAACUAUAUUAAACUAAUUACAUAAUAAUACUCUCAAC